CCCCCCACCUGCCCUUUGUCCCUUUCACCAGGCUCCCUUUUCCUGAGGUACCACGAUCACUUUCUCUCCCCUCAAACUCUCUCUGCUUUUCUAUAUUUCUUACUCUUCUCUCUCUUCACCUCCUCGUCAGGAGUUGCCACUUCUCCACUCAUCAUGUGUACAGGGAAGUGUGCCCGAUGUAUCGGACUUAGCCUCAUCCCAAUGUCCAUCAUCUGCAUAUUGGCCAAUAUCCUCCUCCUGGUGCCCAAUGGUCAGACCAAGUGGACUGAACAUCUCGGCCUGCACGUGCACCUCUCAGCAGGCUUUAUUGGAGGGGGCAUUAUGGUGCUAUGUCCUGGAAUAUCUGCUGUUCGAGCAGGGGGUAAAGGGUGCUGUGGAGCUGGCUGCUGUGGAAAUCGUUGUCGAAUGCUGAACUCCGUCUUUUCUUCGAUCAUCGGGGGUAUCGGGGCCAUUUACUGCCUCUCGGUGUCCGGUUCGGCGCUUGAGGAGGGCCCCAAAUGUCUAACGGGGCUACCUGACAAGUGGGGCUACCCCUUCCAAAACAGCAAUGGGAAUUACCUGCGCAACAGUACGCUGUGGGACCUGUGCCUGGACCCUCCCAUAGUGGUACCCUGGCAUGUGACUCUGUUCGCGCUGCUGGCGGCGGUGUCAGCUCUGGAGCUAGUGUUGUGCGGCAUACAGCUAGUGAACGGGGUCCUAGGAGUUUUCUGCGGGGAUUGCAGGAAAAGAGGAGGACCUUGAGCACGGAAGCUGCGGGGCACACGUUCCUGCCAGAGCGCUGUUUCCAAGGAGCUGGGGGACGAGAGUGGGCGGUCCCCACUCCUUUUUCCCCGUCAGCUGAAAUAAAGCACUUUGAUUCACACUA